ACAGGUAAAUUUAGUUGAUUGCAGAUACUUCUAGGCCUGUGCACUUGGAUCAUUCUUAGGCUGAAAUUUGGUAGUCUGCACACCUUGCUUGCAGGGACAUUGAUUUUUCCCCCUUCUGGAUACUUUGAAAAUUCUUUCAUACCUACAUAUUUUCCACUGACGUUUAUUAAAAGAUUUCUGAAGCCAAGGAGAGUCAGUGAAGUCCUACUUGUAAAUGGAUUUUAAAAUAUAAUUAAAACCAUAGAAAUGCAGGUUAGAAAUUGUCACCUACAGAUGGCUACAAAUUGAAAUGGAAGUUAACUAUGGACAGACGUUUGUUGGAUGAUAACAUUGUAACCAAGAAACAAGAUAUAAGAGAUGACAGGAAGAUUGUAUCUAAAUGCCCAACAUGUUUGAAUGAUGCUAAUAUAAUUGUUGCCAUGGAAGCUGUUACGACAAAUGACACUAAUUUUCUUGCAAUGAAGACAAGUUUGACUGAUAAUAAGUCAUCUGAAACUCAAGUUGAAGGAGGGCGAGGGCGGUCUAUCUAUGCACCAACGCCGUCACCAUCAUUUGGACCAAAGGCAUGUCUUAAAAAAGUUCAUCCUUCACAGAUAAUGCAUGUGACGGACCCAUCCAGUCAAGUGCUGAUGUGGAAAGUGAGCGCUCUCUCCGUGCUCGUUAUCAAGAAGAUUUAUGAUGAAAGCGUAAUAGAACCUUUUAAGGUGCUCGUCACUUUCCUAUCAGAGGAAAAGAAUUUAGUGGUUUUUGUGGAGGCUGGUGUCCAGAAGGAAGAAAGUAUAGUCCAAGAUGAAAACUUCUCCCGAAUUCGCAAUAAAAUGAAAACUUUUAAAGAAGGUGAUAACAUAAGUGAUAAAGUUGAUUUCAUCGUUUGUCUAGGUGGAGACGGAACACUGCUGUACGCUUCUUCGUUGUUUCAACAGGGUAGUGUUCCACCAGUCAUGGCAUUCUCUUUAGGAUCACUAGGUUUUUUAACACCCUUUGAUUUUGAUUUCUAUAAAGAAUCCAUUAAUUCUGUACUCAAGGGAAAUUUAGCUGUAACGUUAAGGAGUCGUUUGAACAGUCAUAUAUACACAGACGACAAAAUUCCAAACAACCACCAUAAUGAUGAUAAUGACAUGUUAUUCGGGAAUGAACACAAGGAUCCUGAUCCUCCAAAUUUAAAAUUUAAAUGUCAGGUUUUAAAUGAAGUUGUGAUUGACCGAGGCCCAUCACCAUUCCUGUCGAACCUUGAUCUGUACCUGGAUGGUAGUCACAUCACUACUGUUCAAGGAGAUGGUCUUAUUAUCUCCACUCCUACUGGUAGUACAGCUUACGCGGCAGCAGCAGGGGCUUCCAUGAUACACCCCAAUGUUCCAGCAAUUAUGAUCACACCAAUUUGUCCCCACUCGCUCUCAUUUCGACCAAUCAUCAUUCCAGCGGGAGUUGAGCUUAAGAUUAUGGUACCUCCUGAUGCCCGACACACAGCCUGGGUGUCACACGAUGGAAGAAACAGGCAAGAAAUCCACAAAGGAUAUGCUGUCCACAUCACAACGUCGAUCUAUCCAGUAGCAUGCGUGUGUCGGCGGGAUCAGAUCUCUGAUUGGUUUGACAGUCUGGGUGAGUGCCUGCAUUGGAACAUACGACAACGCCAAAAGGCUAUGACUACAACAUGUGCAAUCAAGAAUGGAGAACCGGAAAAAAUCGAGAAGGAAUAGGAUACAGGAUACUCAAAUUAUUUCAACUUUUAUCUCAGGAUUAUGUCGAGCUAACAAUAUUACGUUUAAAUAAGAACAUUAUAAUAAUGUUACAGUUUGGUGUUGAAAAUCUUAUUUUGUAGAGCCAAUACAUACUUAGAACCUAAUUUUACAACGUUUUAACGUUUGAACGUUCCUGCAACGCUGUGUAAAUAUUAUGUGACUACCUAACCACAACGUUCGCGAAUGUUACAAGAACGUUGUGUGUUUGCAGGGCAUGCAUAAAUUUAAUAAGCUCUCUGUUAAUCAGAUCAAAGUUCUUAUGAAUUUAUCUGCAGCCGUAGAUAUAUCUUUGAAGAUUCAUACCUUAAUUUUUUGUAUCAUGUAAUUUUGUAGAGAAACUAUUAGAAAAAAUGUGAAUUUUUAGUUUACCAUCUAAAUCAGUACAUAGAGGGCAGGCUUCAUGUGGUACAAUUAUUUACCCUUGCAGGUCUUAAUUAUCAUUAUUAUCCUCUUGCAAAAAAAAUUAUGGUUGUGUUGCCCAAUUGGAAAAUAGUUCAUUAGUCACACCUUGGACUUUGGUUGGGUAAAAUCUGAUGAAGUUAUUACCAAUUAUAGCUUGAAAAAUGGUCUUUAAAAAAAUUUGUUACUAUAAUAAAUGUUCUUAGAUUUUCUAGAAUUUAGGAUAACAUAAAAACUUACUUUAGUGUACGCCCCUUUGACAACAUCCUACGUGUGUGCUUAUGAGUAUGUGGAAUUACUUCCUCUAUAAUGCUAGUAUGAAUAAAACAGCUAAAACAUGUACUGUAAUGAUAUGUUGUAGACAAUAAUAUACAGUAGGCUGUUCUGA